CGCGACUCGCGAUGCGAUCGUCUCCUCAUCUCACUCCUCCACGUCACUCAGAUCUUUCAGCGUCGCAGCGGCUUCACAGUGGGCAGCGGAAUUCUGCCUGGCCCGCGUCAGGGACAGUCGUCAACGCCCUUGCUCUGGCAGGUUCACCGCCUCCGUGCGGACAGGGGAGCGGCCGUCGCACGAAGCCGCUCUGUGAAUUGGGCGGGACACGUACGGCAGCGCGACAGUGGAGUCGUGUCGCGCUUGCUCCGUUCAGCAUCUCGAGAAUUCGGAGCAGCACGCUAGACUUGUCUCACUGUAGUGAACGCAGUCAGCUUUCGUUUCUCCCUCUCCUCUGCCUUCCCUCCUGCCCCUCUAUCUCACCCAAUUGCCAUGUCGACGCGUACGCCUAGCCAGCGAUCUAAUACAGGGUCAGCCUCGGCGCAAGCCUCUGGCAGUCGCAUAGAUGAGGCCAUCAUCGUAGACGAUAGCUCGGACGAGGAUUCAAAAAAGCGAGUCAACAAAAGACACCGGCGCCGCGAGCCCUCGAGCAGCGACGGCGACGCCGAAGAUGACGACAAUGACAUGCCGACCGCUCUCGACCUCAUCAGCGGCUACAGACCGUCAGCAUACAGGCGAAACAUUCGCAGUAGCUCCUCUAGCGCCAAUGGCGGCACCCCUUUGAGGUCAGCCCUUGCUCGGGUCGACUCCAACGACGAGCGUGCUCGAGCAACGCCCACCGGCGUGCGAGCAGUCAAGCGUGGCUCACCUGCAACGCCGUCUGUAAUGCCGGCCACGAGCAGUCGUUUGACAGGGCUAGCGUCGGCCAAGAAAGAACCGGGUUUGUCGCGAACGAGCGACGACGGCGACACCAGGCGCGAAGCAAGCCGGAAGCAAAUCGAUGACCUCGACGAGCCAAACGGCAGUCAACAACGCGAAUCAACAACGCGAGCCGGGCAACGGGCGCCUUCCGCCUCGGAUCCCUCUGGUCAAGCUCAGCAGCCAUCCGAUUGCUCUUCUUCCCUUCCUACCUCAUCCUCCCCUGUUUCCCACCAAAGGCAGUCGCCCUUCACUCCAAAGCGAGAGCUCCAGCCUCGCCCGGUCAAGGAGGAGCGGACUCAGCCAUCCUCAUCUUUCCUGUCGCACCGCCACAAUCACAAUCACGAACAGGCACCAAGAACAUCCGCAUCCGGCCCUCAAUCUGCGUACACGAUGCCAGCCGCAUCGCACCAGCAGCUGUCCUCCAACGCGUUCGCGCCUCAUCCUCAUCAGCAACACAUCCCGCUCCCCGUCGUCCCCUUUGACUACCGACUCGCACCGCAAGCCACUGGCUUCCCUGGCGUCAUGGCUCAAAUGCCUGGCUACAUCGACCUGACUGGAGGCUACGAGAUGCCUCAUCUCUCCAGCGGCGCAGGGGCUGCCCACCCUGCUGAGCCUAGCGUCAAUAAUGAGGUCUCAGCCCAACCAAACACCUGGGACAUGAUUCCCGCAGCCUGGCGAGCUGUGGUGGAUUCACUCUAUGGUGGCGCCUCUGCUGCUCCUCUUCCCGCGGACGCUAAUCCUUCCGUUCUCCAAGGAGCUCCCUUCCCAAUCGACUCUUCUGCACCCAACGAGCAAGCUCCCACCUCUGCUGCUUGGGGCGAUGGCUCAUUGGCUUCGAACAUCCUCUCGAGCCUUGGCAACGGCACUGUCGAGGCUGAGCCCGACGCUCUGCGACAGAUCUUCCAAAGCGAUGAAGACGCCAUCUCUGACAUGGCCAACCUCAAGCCCUGCCCUCAAUCCGCCAUCGACUAUCUGAUCAAACACGGCCUCGUCACGCCACUCAAGCCUCACCAAUCUACCGCCCUCCGCUUCCUCAUUGAGAGCGAGCAUCGCAACCCACCCACGGCCGAUCGAGAGCAGAAGUGCAUGUUCAAGAGGAUCAAUGGCCGCAACGGGAGGCACUGCUUCCUGAAUGUCGUCGUGCAAGAGUGGACAGAGAGCGAACCAGAGAUGCCUCGGGGCUGCGUUCUCGCCGAUGCAAUGGGGCUGGGCAAGACUCUUUCUGUCCUAGCGCUGAUCAUGAGCCCUGCAGACGGCAAAGCAUUCCUCAAAGACGACACGGGCGGCGGCAUUGACAAGAAGCCAGUCAUUCCCGAGGCUAAGGGCAAGAAGCGUGCCAUCAUCUUGCCAGACAGCGAUGAGUCUGAGGAAGAUGCAUUCAAGCAGGCGACCAAGGGACGCCAGCAGUCGAAGCACCUGAAAAGGCAGCGCAUGGGCUCGUCCACCGUCACCAAUGGCCAGGGCAAGGCAAAGAACCCAAUCGUCCUCUUCUCAUCUGACGACAGCGACAGCGACGCCCCUCGAAGCGGCAAGAGGAAGGUAGCCCCCAAGAAGCCGCCUCAUGACGAGCUCAAGGGCAUCACCCUCGUCGUUUGCCCUCUGUCCGUUCUCAGCAACUGGACGUCUCAAGCCAAUCAACACUGCCCUCGCCUCCGCGUCGGCACCCUCUACGGCAACGAGGGCAAGGAGCUCCGUGCUAAAAAGGACUGGAGCAAGUACGAUAUGAUCGUCACGACAUACGAUACCGUGAAGACCUCGUACAAGUCCAUCGCCCUCCUCAAGGACCACGACCUGCGUGAGGCAGACUAUAAGGAGAGGCGCGCAGAGAUCACGGACAAGAUUGAAGAGUACCGUGAGCUGCAGGCAGCCAAUAUCAGGAGGGGCCAGAGCAGCUCGGUCGAGUCGAUGUCUCGCGUCUACGCUGACGCUAUCGCGAGGGAAGAGCAGCAUCUCGUCGACUUUGAUGCCGAGAGGAACAAAGCCCGCAUGGUAGCGCCCAUGGCAGGAGGCAAGACCGAUUGGAAGAAGGAGAAGGCAUGCCUCGCUAGGCUCAAGAAGCUGCAAGGCGGGGGAGCUACCGACAAGAAGAAGACUACCAAGAAGAGGGCGUCGGCCCGCCGCAGCAUCAGCGAUAGCACAGGCAUGGACGUAUCCGGGAGCGACGCAGAUGACUUUGACGACGAGGGGGACGUCAGCAUGGGCGGAAACAGCGGAGUUGACGCCGCCAUGGCCGAGUUCUUCUCGCCUGCCAACUUCGAGAACUUUACAGACGACGAUCUUCUCUACAUCUGGUGCAACCUCCGCCGACGCCAAGGGCAGACCAGAAUUUUCGAACAGGAAUGGCUUCGUGUUGUCCUCGACGAGGCGCAUGUAGUUCGCAAUAGGGCAACCCAAACGUACACCGCUAUUCAAGCUUUGCGGGCUGAGAGGCGUGUAGCUGUGUCCGGCACGCCCAUCGUCAAUGGCGCUUCGGACCUUGGCUCGCUAGCCUCGUGGAUUGGUAUCUAUCCCUUCUCGAGGAACCCCAAGCUAUUUGCAGAAAGGGUCCACAACCCUAUCAAGCGCGGUGGCAACGACUCUACCCACGCCAUGAAUCUCUUGCGCGCCAUCUGCAAGGACCUCGUCUGCCUCCGCACCAAGGACAUGAAGGUCGAUGGUCGUCCCCUCGUCGAUCUGCCGGCGAUUGAGCAUCGAAGUUACGACAUCCGCCUGAAACCCGACGAUGAGACCUUCUACGCUCGCGCAGAGGAGGCUCUCCGCCGUAUGCUCAGUAUUUGGAUGGACGAGGGCGGCAAUCUCGGAGCACGUCGUCUCACUUGCAUCUUGGUUUUCCUUUGUCGCAUGCGUCAGCUGGCCUGCGACCGCCGUCUCGUCCCCGCUACGCUCAUUGAAGACAUCGAGGCCGCCGCUACUGAGGAGAAUGAUGAUGGCACCACCAAGAAGACUCCGACUCAGCUGCGAGCUAUCCUCUCCGCCAUGGUCGCCAACGGAGAUGACUGCCCCAUUUGCAUGGAACCUCUUCCUGCCGCCGAGAGCCCCCCUGUCAUCACGCCCUGCAGUCACGUCUUUCACAAGGAGUGCCUGGCCUCAUCCCUGGCUGCCUCCAAGAAGUGUCCUAUGGACCGUCGCGCCAUCGAGAUGUCGCAGGUCAUCGAGGCCUCUGAGACGGAGGGAGAGGAGGUGACCGACGCCGGGCUCGGGGAUGGGGCCAAGAUCGACGCUCUCAUCGAGAUCAUCAACAACAUCAAGGCUGCCCACCCUACGGACAAGAUCCUCGUCUUCUCCAACUUCGUCGCCUUCCUCAAGCUCGUGGAGAAGCGCCUCGAGCUAGAGGAGAUUGAGCACGCGACCUUCUUUGGAAGUCAUACGCGGACUCAGCGAGAGGAGACGCUGCGUCAGUUCAGGCGACCUCUUCGGCAGCCGACGGCCGAAGAAGCAGCUGCUGCAGCUGCAGCGCGUGCGAUUUCGCUGGGCAAAGCUAAGCGCGAGGCCGGCAACGGGGGAGGCAGCAGUGACCUCCUCGCUGCCCUGGAUACGACCGACUUUGCCUCCAUUGCUCGGCUCCCUGCCAGCAAACCCAGGACCUCGUCUUCAUCCUCCAAGCGCAAGCCAGCGCCGCGCGUACUCCUACUCUCGAUCCAGGCUGGUGGUGUAGGUCUCAAUCUGACGGAGGCGAGCCACGUAAUCCUCACCGACCCCUGGUGGCAAGGAGCUAUUGAGGCUCAAGCCAUCGACAGGGCUCACCGUAUUGGCCAAGUCAAGCCGGUCAACGUGUACAGGUUGGUCAGCCAUGCUACCGUGGAGGAUAGGGUGGUUCAGGUCGCAAAGGAGAAGAUGCAGCUUGCCGCUGAGGCGCUUGGUGGACUGCAGUACAAGGGAGCGGCGUUGUUCAAGGGCAAGGCGAGCACACGAUCGAAGCUCAAGGAGAUUGGGAGGCUCUUCGGACUGGGAGCGGUUGGGAGUGGUAGUGGGAGUGGGGGCAGGGUUGCCAUUCGCGGCCCUCCUCGCCGCUCGUAGAUGGCCGGAGCAUCAAAGGCUUCGGAUAGUGUUUUGCUUCUUUUCUUUUCUCCUUUCCUCUCCUCUCACACAAAGCCUCGUAGUCACCUCUUCCAGCAUCUUGAGUUUCACCUUUCUGACUUUCACAUCAAUACCACUUACUCAUAUA